AAAAAACAAGUUUCCUACCCACCCAGUGACACUUACGGCAUACCCAUGUGGUUCUGUCUACCAGCUAUAUAAGUUCAGCAGCAAAAUUAUUUGAGGAAUCUGCAGCUGUCCCAGAUGAAAGGUUGAUGCCUCACUGUAGAAAGGCAACACAAAAGCUUAUGGCGGGAUCUAAUGGCACAGCUGAGGAUGUGUCUUUCACUUAUCAGCAAAUCUAUAAUCAAGACAUGGAUGCUGGGCUCAGCACUAAAACUGCAGUGGCUGUGUUAACGUCUCUGUUCUUUGUUUUUGUAAACUGUGUGAUGCUCUUUGCUCUUGGAAGCAAGCGCAUAUUCCAGGAGACGCCGCGCUACAUUCUUUUUGGCCACAUGCUUAUGAAUGACUCUGUGCUUUUGCUGGUCUCAAUCAUAAUGUAUGCAGUGGCUCAGUGUUUCCUUCAAUUACCCAAAUCCAUAUGCACUCUAUUAGUCUUUAUCUCCUAUUGCACUUUCCGUAACGCUCCUCUGACUCUAGCACUGAUGUCUCUGGAGCGGUACGUGGCGAUCUGCUUCCCUCUGAGACACUGCAACAUCGCCACACCAAAAAGGACUGGAAUUGCCAUAGGAAUCAUCUGGUUCCUUAGUUCUAUAAAUAUUAUAGCAGACAUAAUUUUUGUUUUAACUGUCAACCCCAAUUAUUUAGCCGGUAUUAUAUUUUGCACAUUAGAAAAAUUGUUUCUAUACAAAUGGCAGCUGGAUAAAUAUCAAGCAUUUGAUGUUCUUUAUUUUGUGUCGGUUGCAGUGAUCAUUAUUUUCACAUACAUUAGCAUUAUGAUCACAGCCAGAUCUGUUUCCUCUGAUAAAGAUUCAGCUAAAAAAGCCCUCCGAACAGUGCUUUUGCACUUGAUUCAGCUGGGACUGUGUCUCACCUCUUUCCUGUAUACCACAAUAGAAAGGACACUGUACAUGAUGACUGGAAGCAACUCGUCUCUCUUCAUAAAUCUUAGAUAUCUAAAUUUUCUUAUUAUUCUCAUUCUACCACGUUGUCUAAGUCCUCUGAUCUAUGGUAUGAGAGAUGAAGCGGUGUGGCCCUUGUUCAAAUAUUUUUUCUGUUAUCGUUCAGGAAAAGUAAAACCCUCUAUUAAUGUACAUUAACUGUAUGUUUUUUGACAUGCAAAUGGUAAUAUCCAAGAAGAUAUUGAGGCUUGCAAGUUGCAAAAACCUUAAACAUAAUAUCAUAAUAAUUGCAAUGUUCAAACUUGACAGCCUUGACAGCCAUGUAUUAUGCAUUUGUACACUUUUGAACUUUAAAAGGACGUCUAGUUCGUAUAGUUCAUCAUACCACACUUAUAUGAGCUUGUGUAAUAAGUAGUGUAUUGAAUUAUUAACAGAUAUACAGUGAUCCUAAAAAUAGUUAUUUUGUUGAAUAUUUCAUUUUUGUCUGUACAAUUGAGCUUGUUCACAAUAUAUUCCAUGAACAAACCUGUA